GGCGCUGGAUUAGACUUUGACUCAGUUACUGGAACGUGUUCUCAGUAUUGUAGAAACAAAUAGUGCGGAGUGCAAGGGCGUGAUACUGGUUGGUGAAAAAGUGUUGAUGGAAAAAUGACUAACGCACAAGAGAAAAUUGAAAGGGAAAGUUAUUAAUAAUACUAAUAGUAAUAUAUGUGAUGGCAGAAAUUAACAGAAGGACUUUGGUCCAAUUAUUAAAACUGCCUGAACAUUUAUACUGUGCAGACUGUGGUGCAGAGGGUCCAAAAUGGGCAUCAUACAACAUUGGAAUAUUUAUUUGUACUGAGUGUGCAGCUUGCCAUCGGAACCUGGGUUCUCACAUCAGCAAAGUGAAAUCGGUAUUUAUGGAUAAUUGGGAUUUAGCACAGGUACAAAUGAUGAAAGACAUGGGUAAUGAUAAAGCUAAAGAAAAGUAUCAAGUUCACGUUCCAUUAUGUUACAAGAGGCCUUGCCCUACAGAUGUCCAAGUUUUGAAAGAACAAUGGAUACAAGCUAAGUAUUUAAGGCAAGAGUUUAUUUUGCCAGAAAAACCAAUUUAUUUGAAGGGUUUUAUGGAAGGGUAUCUCUGGAAGCGUGGGAAAGAAAAUGAAAAGUUUCAUCUACGUAAAUUUGUUCUAAAUGAAUCUGAUGACAGCCUCAGAUAUUAUGUGAAGGAAAACAAAGAACCUAAACUAGUGAUGAAGGUUUCGGAGCUUAAUGCUGUCUUUUGUCCAAUGAAGGUCGACCAUGCUAAUGCUAUGCAAAUAACUUUUGUUAAAGAUGGAACCACAAGGAAUAUUUUUGUGUAUGCUGAUGAUGGAAAGGAUAUAGUGAACUGGUACAUGGCCAUUAGGUCUGCAAAACUUAACCAGAUGCAAAUUGCAUUUCCUGAGUCGGAUCCUAACGAAGUAGCAAAACAUCUUACUCCAGAAUUUCUGAAAGAAGGUUGGUUGAGAAAGAAAGGACCUAGAUCUGGAGACACGUACAGACUUAGGUGGUUAACCUUGGACAAUCGCAGACUAAUGUACCUCACAAACCCUUUGGAUCCCUAUCCUAAAGGAGAAAUCUUUAUAGGCUAUAAGGAAAAUGGCUUUAGUGUGGAUAAAUACAUCCUUGAUGUAAAGCAGGUCGGUUUUGGGUUUAUAUUGGAGACUCCCGAACGGUCGUUCAUUUUUAGUUCAGAUUCAGAGGAAGAGCAAAAAGAGUGGAUAGAAGUGCUUCAGAAAAUAAUGAAUCAACCUUUAACAGUUCAAGAUAAGAACACAGCCAUUAUAGUGCAGAAAAGACACACAUUCUCUUCCCAAUUUCACGCUCUGAAGGUAUGAUUUGAGAAACACCCGGAACAAACUAGAAUAGAAAACCUAUGUGGUAUAAAUACGUCAUUGAAGGUAAUUAAUUGUUUGCCCGUUAGAUUCCAAAACUUGGUGCCCAGCUUCAUCACUAUGAAACAAAAUUUUACUACAAAUGAGCACAGUCAGUGAAAUAAUGGAAGAUUACAAACAGUUCCUGAUGACAAGGAACCCACUUGAAAUAAAUGUAUAUAGAGUAGAAAUGGUUGAUAUGGGUAUUUAAAACAAGUAACAAUGUUUUGAUUUCCAUCAGCCAUCAUCGGGUUAAGAAUGAUUUUUCAAAGUCAUUCUUAACACAAUUUUGACCUAAGGAGGUCAAAAUAUUGUUCUUUAAAUACCCAUAUCGGCUGUCUCUACUAUAUUGUUAGUUUACAUAAAUUAUUUAAAAUGGUUGAUGAUUGUCCUUUAUUGUUUUUUCACAUGGAUGUUAAUAAAUGUAACAAGAACAUUUGUUGAUACUCUUAAUUUUAGAUAUAUUUUUUUAAAAAAAAGUACAUAUGAUAGCUGCUUUUAUAUAGUGUUGAAGUAAUUUUAGUAGAACAAUUUUUGACAUGUGCAAAUGUAUGUCAUUUAAAAGUUUCUAGUCAAAAUCUUACAGUAAGAUUUAUUACUCAAUUAACAUUCCAUAAUACUUAAAAUUUAUCGAUCAGAUAUACAAAAAUCUUUUUUUUUUACAUGUAGUAUAAGCCUUACUUUAUCCUAAUUUGUAGAAGUACAAAUAACCGUGUUGUUCAGAUAUAUUUUAUUUAUUUUCAUCUUUUAGCUGUAAUGAAUGUAGAUAGUUUUCUGAUAAUUUUAUGUAAUGUAUCACUUUUCCAUUCCAUUAAACUGAAAUAUAAAAGCUACUUUUUGAGAUUCCCAGAAUAAAAGAAACAACAUAAUCUGGGAUAUAAAUAAUGAAAUAAAAUUACAUUCCCUCAUGAA